AUGCGAAAUACAGUUGAUAUGGUGGACGACCCAGAGUAUGAGGAGGAGGAGGAGCCUUCCUUCAGCGACCCGGAGGACUUCGUAGAUGAUGUCGAGGAUGAGGAGCUCCUUGAAGACAUCUUGCGUGAGAAGCCUCAGGAAACGGACGGCAUAGACUCUGUGGUGGUGGUGGACAACGUUCCUCAGGUGGGGCCGGAGCGGCUGGAGAAACUCAAGAACGUCAUUCACAAGAUCUUCUCCAAGUUCGGCAAGAUCACAACUGAAUUUUAUCCCGAAGCUGAUGGCACGACCAAAGGAUACAUCUUCUUGGAAUAUUCCUCUCCUAACCAGGCCUUGGAGGCGGUGAAAAAUGCGGAUGGAUACAAACUUGACAAACAGCAUACAUUCAGGGUCAACCUCUUCACUGACUUUGACAAGUACAUGAACAUCAGUGAUGAGUGGGACCCUCCAGCAAAGCAGCCCUUCAAAGACUUUGGGAAUAUGCGUCACUGGAUAGAGGAUCCAGACUGUCGUGACCAGUACAGUGUGAUCUACGAGGCUGGAGAGAGGACUGCCAUUUUCGCAAAUGACGCCAAAGAGCCAAUUCUGGCUGAAGAAAGGGCGCGUUGGACAGAGACCUACGUUCGAUGGUCUCCUAAAGGCACCUACCUGGCCACCUUUCACCAACGUGGCAUUGCAUUGUGGGGCGGUGAGAAGUUCAAGCAGAUUCAGAGAUUCAGCCACCAGGGCGUGUCCCUCAUCGACUUCUCACCAUGUGAGAGGUAUGUUGUGACCUUCAGUCCCUUGAUGGACACUAAGGAGGACCCUCAGGCCAUCAUCAUCUGGGACAUUCUGACUGGACAGAAGAAGAGAGGCUUCCACUGCGAGAGCUCAGCACACUGGCCAAUAUUCAAGUGGAGCCACGACGGGAAGUUUUUUGCUAGAAUGACUCAAGACACUUUGAGCAUCUAUGAAACUCCAUCAAUGGGUUUGCUGGACAAGAAGAGUCUGAAGAUUAAUGGGAUCAAGGACUUCUCGUGGUCUCCUGGUGACAACAUCAUAGCUUUCUGGGUACCCGAGGACAAGGACAUCCCGGCAAGAGUGACUCUGAUGCAGAUGCCUUCCCGUCAGGAGAUCCGGGUCCGUAACCUCUUCAAUGUUGUCGACUGCAAACUGCACUGGCAGAGAAACGGGGAUUAUCUGUGUGUGAAGGUGGACAGAACGCCCAAAGGGACUCAGGGUGUUGUGACCAACUUUGAAAUCUUCAGAAUGAGGGAGAAGCAGGUUCCUGUUGAUGUGGUGGAGAUGAAGGAAAGCAUCAUAGCCUUUGCCUGGGAGCCAAACGGCAGCAAGUUUGCCGUUCUGCAUGGAGAGUCUCCAAGGAUCAACGCCUCUUUCUAUCACGUCAAAAACAACGGCAAAAUUGAGCUCAUCAAGAUGUUUGACAAGCAGCAGGCCAACAGCAUUUUCUGGAGUCCUCAGGGUCAGUUUAUGGUGCUGGCAGGUCUCAGGAGCAUGAAUGGAGCUCUUGCCUUUGUAGACACAUCCGACUGUACCAUGAUGAACAUAGCAGAGCACUACAUGGCUUCAGAUGUGGAGUGGGACCCAACUGGUCGCUACGUCGUCACAUCCGUCUCCUGGUGGAGCCACAAGGUGGACAAUGCAUACUGGGUGUGGACAUUCCAGGGUCGACUCCUUCAGAAAAACAACAAGGACCGCUUCUGCCAGCUACUGUGGAGACCCCGACCUCCCACUCUGCUGAGUGCAGAUCAGAUCAAGAUGAUCAAGAAGGAUCUGAAGAAAUACUCAAAGACCUUUGAGCAGAAAGAUCGUCUGAGUCAGUCUAAGGCUUCAAAGGAACUGGUGGACAAGCGAAGAACCAUGCUUGAAGACUACCGUCGCUACCGAGAGGAAGCCCUCAAGAACUAUCAGGAACAGAAGAGCAUGCGCCUGGAGCUCAGAGGAGGAGUGGACACGGACGAGCUGGACAGCAAUGUGGAUGACUGGGAGGAGGAGACCAUUGAGUUUUUUUGCGACGAAAAAAUCAUUGCCCUCGACGAUCUGUAGUCCCCCACGCAGUUCAUCCGUUUUCGUGUGGAAGGAGGAGCGAGGACCUGCGUCAUUGAUUGGAGAGGGACAGUGACCACGCCGUCAAUCUUGGUUCAUUUUAGACUUCAGUUCUCAGAUCAAGUGUCAUCGUCACCACAGCACACCUCAGAUCAUCAGCCUCAUUGAGAGACAAGGGAGGACACUGAAUAACCUUUUUUUUUCCUUUGUAUUCUUACAUCUUCCACCCCAGCUCUCUUCAGGAGAGAGGAUCGUAACAUUUAGUAAUAAAGUUUUUCUAUUCAUUGGUUGGACUUUCUGAUUCCGAACCUUAUUUUGGACAUUUAUGCCUCCUAGUUUAUUAUUUUCUUUCUUCUUCUUGCUCUCAAGCAGCAUCACUAUGCUGGCGUGUUUCAAGGCAGCACAAAGUGUCCUACCAGUGCAGAGUGGACGGAUGCAGUCCAAACAAGUAGCCUUGUCAAGAAGUGUGCUGUCAUGCCAUUAUAGUGGCCUGUAUCCUCCUCCUUUCAGACUAGGCUUUCACACGGAGGAGGAGUGCGCAGUCAUCGGGAUAACUUUAAAUAAACAUUCAAGCCCAACUUUGAA